UUGUUGUUGUUGUUCUCAGCUGGUUCACAUCACCAUGGUAACAGACGCUGAUGUCAAACCUCUGACCAAUCAGGAACACAGAGCUGCAGCUGUGAGCAGGUUACACACCUGUAGAUUUCACUCCCAUGUUUGACCUCAGAGAUCCGCUCCAGGUGCAUGCUGGGCCACAACCAGACAACCCCGCCCCCCAAUCCCUUCAUGGACGUCAACUGUCGCGCUCAGACGUCUGGGAGGUCAGAGCCGCUCGCCAUUCGCUCGUUCCUCACCUGCGGACAUGUCGCUCAGCAGCAGCUCGGCCCCCAGCCCCCCCUGGAGGAACAACAGCUUCAUCCUGGGGAGUGGCAGAGACCCUCCCCUGUCCGACCAGGGAGAGACCAUCAUCGGAGUCUACCUGCUGCUGCUGGGUUGGUUGUCCUGGUUUGGAAACAGCAUCGUCCUCUUCGUCCUGUACAGACAGAGAAACACGCUGCAGCCCACAGACUACCUGACCUUUAACCUCGCCAUCUCCGACGCCAGCAUCUCAGUGUUUGGAUACUCCAGAGGCAUCAUCGAGAUCUUCAACGUGUUCCAAGACAGCGGCUACCUUAUCUCCUCCAUCUGGACCUGCCAGGUGGAUGGCUUCUUCACGCUGGUGUUCGGUCUGAGCAGCAUCAACACUCUGACAGUGAUCAGCGUCACACGUUACAUUAAAGGAUGUCACCCGAGCAGAGGUCAGAGUCUGAACCAUGAUCACUGUCCAACCAGCAGGGGGCGCUGUCUCCACUUACAUACAAACUAAUGUCUGGGGGACAAGUUGGACAUGUCUUUGGAAUAAAUCCAGUAAAUUGUGGUGUGAAUGUUU